AUGGCAGCAGCAACAGAGAAAUUUAUACGAAAUACGCCUGAUAUUAUUCAUUCUGAAGAUUUAACUGCUAGUCAAUUUGCUCAUUUGACAGGCAUCAAUACAAAAAGAAAUAGCCUUUAUUCUAUAGACGAGUCAGAAUCAGAAUCAGAUAUGGAAGAUGACUGCUAUUAUUCAACCACAAACAGUGCUCUGACACAUGAUACAGCCAUUCAGAUUUGGGAUUCACAAUUUUGGAAUCAAGGCAAACAUGCCAUUAUAUCUCCAGCAGAAAAAAUGCCCAGUAUGAUCCAAAAAGGUCGAUUUAAAAUUGUUUGGGGUCAAAUAGAUGAUGAUACAGUUACAUAUAUACAACCCUCUACUAUUCGUUGUGUUGAAUGGAAACGUAAAAGAGCAAGUAGUAAUCCCAUUGUUACUGAUAUGCAGCCAUUGAAUUAA